AUGGCUGAUCAACUCCUUCCCUCGACCCCGAGGCGGGCCCCAAACCGAGUUCACAAGAAAUGCGACGAAUGUCGACGGAAGAAGAUCAAGUGUCUGCCUGAGACGCGACGAUGGCCAGGCCAAAGAUGUAACGGCUGCAUCCAUGGGGGACAGACCUGUGGUCCCAACUGCAGCACCAGGCGCCGUGGGAGCGGUAUUUCUCCCACAUCGACGGGUGUCGAGGACAUAUGGGCGCAGCAGGUAAUAUCGCAGGAGAUUCUGCGCGAAAUAGACCAAGAUCUGGGUCACACAAAUCUGGAGGUGCACACGGAUGAAGCGCUGCAGAAUGCGGUUGCUACGGGUACACAACAUGCCGAAAACAUAAUCUUCACCAGCUUAUUAAAUGAUGCUGGGGGUGGAAUAGGCGAGCCCGUCCCCCGUCCCCCGUCCCCCGACCCCUACUUCUCCAUGGGUGCCAGUGAUGCCUAUAAUAUCGCCCCAGGCAUCUCUUGGUUCCGAACUCAAAAGAUCAUCGACACCAAAUUCAUCAUCCUUGGGCACCUUCUCGAGCUCUUCCACCAACUGCUCCUCAGGAAACGAGCCGCCAUCUCCAUCAACCCUCCCAUUCGCUUUGCUCAGUACGACGAUGUCCAAGCUGCAAUUUCAACGGUGCUGCAUAUCAUUUCCAUCCAAUUUAUCGGCGUCUUCGAGUCGAUCCUCGAGCGGCUGGAGGAAGCUCCCCCUCUGGAGACUAAGAUCAUCCUGCAUCAGCUCUAUGAAAAUGGGGAGACCUAUCACUCAUAUCACCACAAUACAAUCGUGAACGGCAAGCAGGCCCACAGCUUGAAGGAGUCUUUUGUGAAGCUGUAUCGUAUUGUAUUGGACCGGCUAUCCAGUCUUUACGCGAAUGAUGGCGACACACCGGCAGCGCAUAGGUACCGCCGCCGCCACGCCGAAUUGUCAGGCGUGCCUCUGACAACGGAGGUUGAUUCAUUCCUCGAAGGCUCCAUAUCGACGACUGAGAUGUUUCUGAAGUUCAGGGAUCUGUACGAUUUUCCAACCCAUCUUCCCGAUCCAGCAAACACAAAAUUCCCAGCCGCGCAUGCGGCUGCGUUGGCCAACCGAGCGGCAGCAGCACACGCUCUGGUCAGCCGACCAGAGAAUGACCUCUCACAGUGUGACAUCUUGAGGCGGCGUGUGUUGCAUCUGGCUGUAGAGACCUCGGACUCGCACCUUCUGGAGCUUGUUCUGCAGCAGCAGCCCGAUUUGCUCAAAUCACGCGACAUCUUCAAUCUAACGGCCGUCUGUAUUGCAGCUCAUACAGCGAACGCUGAUUUGUUCAUGCGACUUGUCGAGGCUGGAGCUCCCAUCAUCGUGCAGGAUGUCGUUGGUCGGACCUUGCUGAGCAUCGCUUGUGGUGGAGGUUCCAUGGAGAUUGUGAAAUAUCUCCUCGAAAACGGCCAUGACCCCAACGACGACCCAGAUAUGAUUUGCUCUCCUCUUCAUUCUGCUGCCGCCAGUGGACACCUGGAAGUGGUCUCCCUGCUCCUGGAAAAGGGCGCCUGGCCUGCUUGGAGAAGUAGAGGCAGAUUUGCUUCCGAGGAAGCCCGAGAUAGAAAUCAUCUAGAGAUCGCCUCGCUCCUGGAGGAAGCGAAACGGCGUCAACCGGCAAACCCUGCCAGCAAUCGCCGUCUGCGUCCAUUACUCGACCAAGACGCCACGACACCGGAUAUGAGCCCGAUUUUGCCCCACGCGCGGCCGUCAAUCACCAUCCAGACUACGGGUCCGGAGAAUACCACGUGCAGUCCUAUCGUGCCUGUCUCCUCGAUGUCGACGCCAAUACCCAGUCAAAUACGCCAGCCAUCUGCCUCACCGCAACCACCCACGCGACCUAGUCCAAUGCCUGCACCACUUCGCCCGGCAGGGGUAUCCCGAAGCAAUCGCACAUUGGGACUUCCGGCAGCGACACCUGACCCUCUGGGCGUCGCAUCUGUUAUGCAAAGGCAGGCGACAAUGUAG